AGCAUCUACAACUAAAAUCUAGUAAAGUCCAAAAAGCUGUUUGAACAACGAUGGUUCUGUUUGUUGUUCUCUCUCUACCUUGUAUCUUUAUCUUCGUCUUCUUUGUUAUCUCGCAAAAAAGAAAACUUGCAGCACCACCAGGUCCUCCAUCUCUUCCUCUCAUCGGCAACCUUCACCAACUCCAUCACUCAUCCCCACAUCGCUCCCUAUGGCAACUCGCCAAGCGCUACGGCCCUCUCAUGUCGCUGCGACUCGCCUCUGUACAAACCCUCGUCGUUUCCUCGGCACAAGUCGCCAAAGAAAUCCUCAAAACCCAUGACCUCAACUUCGGAACCAGGCCCGCCUUCGUCGGCCCCAGAAAGCUCUCUUACAACGGGCUCGACUUGGGCUUCGCGCCCUACGGCCCAUGCUGGAGAGAAUUGAAGAAACUCUGCAUGAUCCACCUCUUCAGCGCGCACCGCGUUCAGUCCUUUCGCUCCGUUCGAGAAGACGAGGUAGCUCAAAUGCUUCGGAAGCUCUCUGAGCAAGAAGCUUCGGGCACCGUCGUGAACCUAACCGAAAUACUUAUGUCUUUCACGAGUUCUCUGAUAUGCAGAAUCGCGUUCGGGAAAAAAAAGUACGUCGACGAGUACGAGGAAGUUGUUGAGAAGGGAAAGCGGAGGAGCCGGUUGCAGGUUAUGCUGAACGAGGCGCAGGCGUUGCUGACUGAGUUUUUCUUUUCGGAUUAUUUUCCGUUGCUGGGUUGGGUUGAUUGGUUGACGGGUAAAAGGCAGCGGCUGGAGAAAACGUUCAAGGAGUUGGAUGCGUUCUACGAACGAGUGAUCUUGGAGCACAUGGAUUCUGCCAUGGGUAAAGACGGUGAUGAUGAGAAAGAAGUGCAAGAUAUCAUCGAUAUCUUUCUUCAGCUUCUUCGUGAUCGUUCUCUCUCGUUUCAUUUCACUGUUGACCACAUAAAAGCGGUGCUCAUGAACAUCUUCAUAGCGGGAACAGACCCUCCUUCGGCGACAAUAGUUUGGGCGAUGACGGCACUGUUGAAUAAUGGUGAAGUGAUGAGAAAGGUUCAAGGAGAAGUGAGAAGUUUAUUCGGUGAGAAAGAUUUCAUAAACGAAGACGACGUUGAAAGGCUUCCAUAUCUGAAAGCAGUGGUGAAGGAGACGUUGAGACUGUUCCCACCGUCGCCGCUUCUGUUGCCGAGAGAAGCGAUAGAGCGUUGCAGCAUAGAGGGGUACGAGAUUGAAGCCAAAACCUUGGUGUACGUUAACGCCUGGGCUAUAGCGAGGGACCCUGAGAACUGGGAAAAGCCCCUUGAGUUUUGUCCCGAGAGGUUUCUCGGGAGUGAGAUGGAGUUGAAGGGGAAGGAGUUUGAGGUGCUGCCGUUUGGGAGUGGCCGGAGAAUGUGUCCGGCGAAGCACAUGGGAAUGGUGAACGUUGAGCUCUCUCUUGCGAAUCUGCUCCACAGUUUUGACUGGGAAGUGGACCCAGGGAGUGACAGAGAGGACAUGUUAGGCACAGAAGUGAAACCAGGAAUAACAAUGCACAAGAAAACUGACCUUUACCUUGUUCCCAAGAAGAGGACAACCUAGUAUACGUUGAAUGUUCACCAUCGGUGUAAGAUUAUCUUUAAAACUUUUAAACCACUACAUCAACUCCAAUGAAUAAUAAGCUUUACUGGCCUCACUUUUUUUGUUGUUACAU